CUGAACGACCGUCAGUGGGACUUUCACAUCAAAGGCCUUCAAUGCGAGUGGUGUUCAACAGACAUACUGAGCUUCUGUGAAGGAUUAUCUCGAUUGUCAAUGGGAUGGCAGUCAUUUCUAUCUUGGCCUCCAUCCCGUAUUUCGACAGAAUCUGUGAAUCUCCCUCUGCCUGUCCGACAGCGAUCGAUUACCGUAGAGCACUGGUCACAAGUAUUGCAUGAUCCUAUCAAUAUUACAGGACAGUUUGAGCAGAUGGAUGGCUUCAUUUUAAGCACUAACGGUGCUUUAAUUCAGUGUCAGGUCGACCGAAUCUUACUUCAGUCGGUCAUCACUGUUGACUCUUCAAUUGCCACUACCCGACCCGACACAAGCUUGCUCCCAGUGGUCACUGACUCAUCUGGUUUGAUAUUCACAAUUGCGGCCUCACUCAGUGAAACCUCAUUUACCUACAACACACUGCCCAUUCGCGUUCGUAGCAUUGGAACAGCCAGGCAUUUCCAGGGAACUGAGACCGCAUACACAACAAGUAUGCACACACCGACAUCAUCUUCCAUCAAUGUUGAUAACAGAUACCAACUCCUUCGGAUACCGAUUGUGAAUUUUGACGUCAGCCGGAAAGACAUGAAAACUCGGUCACCUGAAGUAACAUUAACUCGCCCACUCACCACUGCCGUCUGGACUAUACGCGCCAAUUUUCCGACAAUGGUGCAAUGCCUUGUGCAGCUAGUAACUCCUGAGCAUCAUUUGACUUUCUCCUUGCAAAAUAUUGACGUACGACUGGUUCCAUUUCCAUCAUCCUCGCCUUCGACAACCCAGCUGGUCGCCCAUCAGCAGUUUGGUUCCAGUCGUUUUAAACUCACCUGUACUACAGCCUACGUGCAGUGCGACGAUGUGAGGAUAUUCGCUUUGCAGAACUUUAACAUGCGUCAACGCGCUCCAACAGCUCAAUAUCGGACGGAUUUUGCGAAACAAGCAUGGUACGCUAAGUCCAAUUGGGCCUGGGAGACACGUGCUGACGUUUGCUUGAUCACAUUUCCUUACCGUUACAAAUUUCGGGAGGCUUAUCUUCAGGCUACAUCCCUCGUGAGAUUCUUACGUCAACUGAACUCGUCUUCUUCCUUGCUGCGCGAGGACUCCACGGUUUGCUCUCCUGGAUUGAGCGAUAAAUCUGACGUCAGCUACCGCCUGCCCACUUCCGAGUCGGUCGUUUCCAACAUCUAUCAUUCCUGCACUCGGACUCUUCCAACACCCGCUGUACCUUCCUCCCUAUGCCAACCUAGUUCGGGUGUUGGUCGACGGAACCACACUUCGGUGCCUCUCCGAUCCGAUUACAUCUUCCAAUUUCAGCGGCUCGUGGUGGAGGUCGAGGACGAUCCGUUUGAAAGCCGCCUGAAUGACAAUUACAUGGUCCUCAUGGCGGAGCAAGUGAAAUAUGAACAAAACGUGACAGCCUUACAUGAUCAGCUUCAACAGUCGGGACUACGGCUUACUGAGGCUGAACGUAUGGCUUGUUUCGCUCGAUUGGAGGAGCAGCGUCUGACCGAAUACCGUACUCGUCACACUCAGUUCAAACAGGAAUUUCCUUCCACAAACGAGCUGUUCACCUGGACAUUGAAUAACCUUCACCUCAAACUUCUCACCGACUAUACGUUUACCACACCGGAGCAAAUCGUGGACAAAAUUCGUCAGUUGGAUAGCUGCAGCCCAUGGCCAAAUCUAUCGGCAUCUGAUUUCUGUACAUUGUGGUGCCGCGUGAUAAGUCUGAAUGUGGACAGCUGGCGUUUUCAACUGCGAGACUAUCCGAAGCCGUGGCUAGAGAUGACGGAUUUGUUCUUAUGGGGUCCACUUGCCGGAGCUGAGCGAUGUGCCGAUUGGCAAGGUCAAAGGACCGUUCAGGUGAUACCCGGCAAUCCUUGGCCUGAAUACACCGUGACCCGAAGCUGUUGGCCGUUAAAGUUCUAUUACGAUUUUACCGCAGACUUGAAAACAAUCCACAUGUGUUAUGGAUCUAACUGGGAGCCAACCUUGGCCUGGCUAAAUCAACGUCUGGAGGAUAUUUUCCCCCGUCCAUGGGAUAUGUCCGUACCUCGACUAGCCUGGUGGGACCGAGUGCGUCAUCUGCUACAUGGUCGUCUCUAUAUCGUGUCUGAGUCGAUGCACUGGCUUUGUGCUACCAGUCUCAACCCGUACAAUGCAACCGAGUUUUUCACCUGGCAAUGGUCACAAUCGACGGUGUGUUGGGAGACAGGACAUUUUCGUUUGGGUGGUGCUCUGGACAUUCUGUAUCGUACAGCCUCGAAGUACGAUGGAGUUUGCCAUCUUUUUCAUCUUCCGGGUAUGGAAAUGAACAUUUUCCUGGAUUGGUUAUCGCUUCACGACCCUUUGGAUCACCAUGCGGUGAAACCGUGUAACUCCGCCCGGCUUGCUGAAAUGGGGAUCACAAAUCACGACUCUUAUCGUCACUUUCGUGCAAACCGUCUCUCAAUGCGAAUUACCUGCUCAGUUCAUCCGCCCACCUCGCCCGCUAGCAAACCUUGGUGUUUGUUCUACACGAGCAUCUUGAAGUUUGCUGACAGGCUUCGAAUGUGUUUAACCAAGGUUGCGCGCCCAAUUCGCCGUGGAUCAGUGUUUGGCUAUCAGCCUUUGCGAAAGCCUCUGUUUGGUCGACUCUUGCAGCUGAUGGAAUUCACCUUCAACUUGCCCCAUUUGGAGGUCGCUUACUGGGUUUCCUACGCUAAUCGCACUGGUGUCCAUCUCACCACCGGUCCUGUUCAUCUAAGUUCCGAGACGCGGUUCAUUGUGGAAGGGGAGACCAAAGUGCCCCUGAUCCGUGGUACUUCUUCGGGCGCGAUGGUCCAACCGUUCGUCAUGUUCGCACCCAUGCGACCAAUUCAACAUUCCGGUCUGAUUCGGCGUCCCAUGGCCAGCUGGUCCGUGAUACGACUGUCGGCGAGUGUGCAUGAUAGUCGAAUUCGAUUAAGGCACAACCCAAACCUACCUGGACAGGUGGUGCAGUUGCUUCUGAAAAGUGCGAAACCUAUUCGUGUAGAUCCUUUACUCAACCAGACGGGUCUUGCCACAUCACUGGAGACUGAAACGGACCAGACGGCUGCAGAUACGGCUGAGGACUUUCUCAUGGUACCUUUAUUGCACUAUGAUCAGGUCGGAUCGACUUCACCGCCUCCACCGGAGCAGUCAGUUCGAGUGCACAUUCCAGGUCGGCGGGCAACCAGCACAAACGUCGGGAACCUCGACGAUCCUGGGGACUUGCUCCAGUCAUCACCGAAUUCCACUGCAGCCCCGUCGAACGCACCCUCUGAAGCUGAGUACUCAACACAGAAUGUAGGGGAGAAACUUACGCACGAAAAUCUGACACCCACACAUCGUUUGGUAGUGAAUGACUUGAAACUACGUUGGACGGAACAUACGCGUAAUCUGGUGUACAUCCUUAUGGAUACCUACCAGCAUGCUCAAUCCCUGAAGCGUAAUCUCUCAGCCCGUGCCACACAUGCUAUCCAGCUACGUCAAGGUAUUCCAGUAACCUCUUCACGUAACUGGUCAAGUAAUGCUUUGAACUUGGGCUUUCGUGGAACCACUUCCUCGGCGGCUUCUGAUUUGUUUACCCAAAAUUAUUCGGAUCAACGAGCUGAUCCGACUAAUAUAUCCUUGCACACGAACGACUCGGAGGAACUCGUUGGUGGCGUUGAUGUGGUUGAUACGCCACGUGACCUCCGGAUGGACAUAGGAACCCAUGCUGGGAGCCCGAUUCGCACGCAUAGUCGAACUUCGAACGAAGGUAGUAGCAGAGAGGACCUAUCUACAACUUCUGGCACCCGUAUACAGUGGACAUCGCAAAGUGAGACCAGUGUUCAGUCGAAUCAUACUGGUCUUUCUGGAGGUCUCGAACAAAUACCCAUGCUCGCACAGUUGCUGGAAGAGGUGGACACGGCUCGUUUUUACGCUUACUGUGAAGAGGAACCGAAACAGACUAAUGUCGUGGAUCAACUCCAUGGAUUGACUAUUUGUUCCGAAAGUCUGGUAACCGCGCGGAAUUGGCACGUUGAAUUGCUGAAUAGUCAACUGCUACUUAAAACUGACAAUCUUGCCGGCUAUAUUUUGGUGACCGCGGCUCGGGCCAAACUGGACGCGCUGACACACCCACCGAUUUGGAAAGACGCACAGCUUCUCAACAAGUCCAGUCUUGUAGGGCACCUUGAAUGUAUGCAGUAUUAUGCAACCGUUGGUCAGGUGAGUUCGGUGUCGUUCCGGUUAUCCUAUACUGAUGAGCGAUGGAUGAUGAUGUUGUUGAUCGUGGCAUUNUCUCUGGCUCCCACUCCCGGCCGUGGCGACUGGGCUCAUGUGAGUGUCAACGCUGACGAGGACGAAUUGUCUGGACGACCUGAGGUUGUUGGCUGUGGUCAUUCUGUGGGUGGAGUCGUCACUGCACGCGUCGUCGUUGGUGGAACUCCUCGGGCCACUGCAAUGGAUACGGCGCCUGCUUCUGAGGCGAGAAUUCAUCAUGCUCCGUAUAUCCAACUGCAACGUAUGAUCUCGCGCUGCUGCUGUGAAAUCUUCUAUGUGCAUUAUGAACCGGCAGACUCAUCCAACCUUCCUCCGGCUCAUCUUAUUCCGCCACUGCCACUGGACGAAACGAAGGUUGUUCGGACGCAGGAAGGUGCUGAUACGGUUACGCUGUUGCAUCACACUUUGAAUAUAUGCACAAAUUCGUUACAGUAUCACAUGAUUGUCGGAAUCGUCAAUGACCUCCUACUGUACGUGGAACCGCAACGAAAAGCUCAGCUGGAACGUAAUCGGGUCGCGUUCGGUCUGAUGUCCGAAUCUCAGGCACGUUCGGCGAUCUUGCGCAAUCAGGAAGUGUUGCGGUGUCUUGUAGCAGAGCAACGUCGACUGGAGCGAGACUUAUGGUCGUUCGUUCGAGAGACAAUGGCUGUUCUGGAACUGGACCGUGUGGCUGCCGUGUCACAGGAUCGCAUUAUUCCUGGUCUACCGGAUCUUGUACAAUGUAGACAGCCAUCGGAAAAUGCGGCAAUAUUGGCGCUUAGCAUACAUUAUGCUCGACAUUUAGAGGCACAAGUCACCAAUUUGAAGACGAGGAUUGUAGACUGCAAUGCUUUACUUUCCCAACGGCUUGCCCAAUACCAGCAGCUACAAAUCCGAGCUCAACGCCGUCAUAUGCGGUCUGCCAUGUCAGGCACACACUCGCCCCACAUUGCUGCGGCCAAUUUAACGACGUCUGCCUCUGCCUCUUCCCUCCUCAAGCAACACCGGAAAGGUGAUCGUGCGAGUUUAUCGCCUCCGACUUCAUCUAUCGCCCCUCACAAGGCCGACAGUUCAAUGGGUCGACUGGCUACCAGUGGAGGUGGUCCCACUCAGUCAGGGGAAUAUUUCGCUGGGGAUUCAAGUAACUCCGAGCAGUUACCCACACAACUGCAUCGUGAAUCCCUAAGCAUAAAGAAUGACCCAUACCCUGCAGAAAUUGUUAGACGAAAUGAGGUGUGUUUCGAACACGCACGCUGGCGAAUGACCGAGCAUGACGGCCAAAUUGGCCUAGCGGAUGUUGAAUUGCGGGGUUUUUUGUAUGCCAAAACCCAUCGCCAGGAUGAUUCUGGGUCACACUGGUUAGAACUCGGUUGGAUACGGGUGGACAGUUUGGGACCAGAUUCAUUUUACAAGGAGGUGUUACUUCCGGACGUCGGUGGUGGACACUACGCCGGUGGUCCCAUUCUACGGAUCGCCUGCUCCGAACUCGCCCCGGUCGGUGGUCUGUCUGUCAAAGAAGCUAUGGAAAUUAGCGUUGCUCCAAUGGUUUUACAGAUAAGCAAACAAUUCUACCGGGUGAUGAUGCCAUACUUUUUUCCGGAAAAAGCCGACGAAUCCGUUCCAGCAGCGCCGGGUAACCUGACGCCGGUCACCACCACUGAAUCCUCGUUAUCUCCCCGAAUGCCCUCUGAGGGACCGGACAUUUCCACUACUUCCUCCAUCGAGCCACUUGGGUUGAGUACUUCACUGUCCACGGCAGCACUCACCAAAGCUGGAGGAGGCGGUUGGACCAGACGACGUCGGCUCAACCAAGUACCAAGUUUAGUCCGACAUCUUUAUCGGGGACACACUGAAUCGACAGUUCCUUCCGCCGCCCUUUGUUCCACAAUAUCAUCCUCAACUACGAACCUCAGCAAUAGCAGCACAGGUCUUGCGGACUCUGUGGGCCCUUCAGUCGUUGAAGAUUCAACAUCCAAUUUGACAGUGGAAGCUGCUCUCUCAGGUCAGACCAGUUGCACUGCUGUUGAUCCUCAACAGACCGAUGAGAGUGGAUGGGGUUGGAUGGAUAGGAAUCCUUUUUCCGCGUUUCGCAGACGUCUGCGCUGGAAGGGACAAGCCACUACUGAGUUGGACGCAUCAACCAGACUCCCGGGUGCUGCGGUAGAUUUGAGCAAAGAUCACACGUUGCGAUCAUUCUUGUGUCAACCACAGGAACAACUUCAGUCAGGUUUGACCGCCGUCUCUACUCUGAGUCUGCCAUCAACAUGGCCACAUUCUGUGCGUGUCCUAUCAGAACUGCUUCCAUCCGCAGCAUCGUCAGACACUUCGGUAGGGUCGGAUGAUUUGGUUGACUAUAGAAGCAAUACCACCCCUGGGAACGUUAAUCCUGUGGAAGUGAUGCGAGGAGAGAAGCAAAAAAACCUUACUGACGUGACUCGCUUCCAGCUAAACAUUCCCACAAUGGAACAUCACAAUUGCGUCUGGACAUGGUUGGACUUUGCCAUGGAAGUGAAAACACGCAUUCGAAAACAGUUGGUCAAAGAAGUCAUCAAAAAGAAAUUUACUCCAGGACGACGUCUGCCGUUUUUAGGCAUUGGUCGCUCAACCAGUGAGCGUUCUUUGACCCAUACAUCAGCCGCAUUAGGUUCGUCACGCUCUACUCUGUCGACAGUUACAGCAUCCUCGGAUCUGGACCAUGCGUCGACCGCCGCUCAGGAGGAACGGGUUCGUCGAGAGGUUGUGAUGUUACUCGGUCGUCAUGCACAGCCUCAACCUCCUCAUCCGGCAAAAUGGGUGCGUUUUCGACCCCAGAGAUCGUAGUUCUACUGGGUUUUCGGAUGGCAUUAUCUCUGUUGCUUUGAAUUUGCAACCAUUAAAUUCCCCCCACCACCACCACCGUGUAUUGUAUAUUUCCUUGAUCUAAUUCUUUACUUCUACUGCCUCUUGUUCGCUGUGAACCAAAUGUGGCGCUUUUUUUGAAUGCUCUAUUUAUUCUCCUUUUUUCCUUGUUCUACUCAGUGAAGG